AUGGGUUCACCAAAAUUAGCGACACUAGUGUCUCUUCUACCUUCCUUUGCCCUUUUCACAGUGCUUUCAGUCAUCAUUCCACUAGGUGCAAUUCCUGCUUGCGCCUCCACACUAGAAGCACAAGCCCUUCUCAAAUGGAAAUCCAGCCUUCAAAACCAAAACCAACCCACCUCUUCUCUAUCUACAUGGACUCUCCCUUCACAGAAUGCCACCGAAUUCAAUCCGACGGCAGCGAGCCCAUGCGGUUGGUACGGCAUCUCGUGUAAUGUAGCUGGGAGCGUGAUCGGAAUCAAUCUCACCAGUUCGAACAUCAGAGGUACCCUCGAUGAGUUCCCGUUCUCGUCUUUGCCAUAUCUUACGUACAUAGACGUGUACAUCAAUGAACUCUUCGGUGGCGUUCCGCCUAAAAUCGGUCUUUUAACCAAUCUCACCUACCUUGACCUCUCCUUCAAUCACUUAUCUGGGAUAAUACCGCGGGAGAUUGGUGACCUCACGAAGCUCGAGGUGCUUCACCUUCUCUCUAACAAAUUGAAUGGCUCUAUUCCUGGUGAGAUAGGUCAGUUGCGUAUGCUGAACGAGCUUGCCUUGUAUUCAAACCAGUUGGAUGGAUCUCUUCCUUCUUCCUUGGGUAACUUGAGCAGCCUCGCUAGGUUAUACAUCUAUAACAAUUCAUUUUCCGGGUCUAUUCCUCUAGAAUUGGGGAAUUUGACAAACUUGGAGGAGAUUUACAUGGAUACCAACCACCUGACGGGGCCAAUUCCUCCCCCUUUUGGGAAAUUGAUGAAACUAAGAGAACUGCAUGUAUUUGAUAAUGAACUUACUGGUUCCAUCCCACCGGAGCUUGGGAACUUGAGACUUCUCCGCAGACUCAGCCUAUACUACAAUAAUCUUACCGGUUCAAUCCCCUCAACGUUAGGCAAUUUAACAGAUCUUACCCUCUUUUAUCUAUAUGGCAACCAGCUUUCUGGUAACAUUCCCGAUGAGUUAGGAAAUCUCCGGGCUAUGCUUGAAUUGGAUCUGACCCAAAAUCAGCUCACCGGUCCCAUUCCUCCUUCUUUGGGUAAUCUGACUGAGCUACAAUAUCUAUUCCUCAGCAGUAACCGACUUUCGAGUUCAAUUCCUGGAUCCUUGGGAAAACUCCGGGCUAUGGUCACAUUAUAUAUGUCUGGAAAUCAGCUCACCGGUCCAAUUCCUUUUUCUUUCGGCAAUCUCACUCGCCUAGUCAAUCUAUCCCUCGCCAACAAUCAACUUUCGGGACGGUGGCCAACAGAAGGUUUCUCAAAUACAUCGUUGUCAAUGAUUGCUUUGUCCUACAACAAAUUUGAAGGCCCACUUCCACUUCCAUCACCCUCCACAUCAUACUAUUCGAUCAGAAACAACAAAAUAGAGGGGAAGAUCUCUUCUUCGAUAUGCAUCGCCACUCACCUCUCGAUCCUCCUCUUGUCUAAUAAUAGCUUAACCGGUAGCCUGCCCGAGUGCUUAUCAAACAGUGUCAUUGGUUUAUUGGUUUUGAACUUGCGAAGUAAUCGUCUUUCAGGCACAAUCCCCGUAAGAUUUUUACUGCGAAGUAGCUUGAGAACUCUUGACUUGAGUCAAAAUCAAUUCGAAGGCACAUUGCCACGAUCCCUUGUCAAUUGCAAAAACCUGGAAGUUCUAGAUUUCAGCAACAAUAAGAUAGAGGAUAAUUUCCCGGCAUGGCUAGGAACACUUCCAGAGCUAAAAGUUCUUAUUUUGAGGUCCAACAAUUUUAAGGGACAUUUGGAUUUUCCAAUGGUAGCUCAUCUCUUUCCCAAGUUGCACAUUUUGGACAUCUCGGACAACAACUUCGCUGGUCCUUUACCAGCCAAUUUGAUAGGGAAACUUCAUGGAAUGAUGAAUAUACAAAUUGGGCAGGAGGUACAAGACAAAUCAUCAUUGUACAUGAGGCAAGUGUCUAGUACGAUGACCUACAGUGAUUCUGUGGCAGUGAUAAUUAAAGGAAAUGAGAUUCGGCUAGAGAGAAUCUUGACCAUCUUCACAACCUUGGACUUAUCACUCAACUCUUUUGAAGGGAACAUCCCAAAUGUUAUUGGACAUCUCUAUUCUCUCAUAGGGCUCAACCUUUCCCACAACCACCUCACUGGGUCCAUUCCUCCAAUCAUUGGAAACUUAACUAAUCUUGAAUGGCUGGAUCUAUCUUCAAACAAGCUUAGUGGGAGGAUUCCCAGAGAAUUGGGAGAUUUGGCAUUCCUCGAGUAUUUAAACCUCUCAGAAAACCAACUCACAGGCCGCAUUCCUCAAGACAAGCAACUGAGCACAUUCACAAGCGACUCAUUUCGUGGAAAUAUGGGCCUAUAUGGGAUGCCAUUACAAAACACAAGCCUUGAUGAUGCUCAAUCUCUUCCGCCACCACCAACGUUCUUCCAAGAGGAUAGUACAAAAGAGCGCACAAGUUGGUUUGAAUGGAAAGUCGUGGGGAUAGGCUAUGUGUCUGGAAUCGUGAUUGGAAUCUCCAUGGCGUACAUUUCAUGGGAAACUGGAAGACCCAAGUGGCUUGCGAGAAAAGUGAGAAGGAUGGAGAGAAGAGGAGCCAAAUGGAUGAAGAAGCCAAAGCGGAAGGCAGUCAAAUUUCAUGGAGGCAGAUGA